AGAGAGAGAGAGAGAGAGAGAGGAAGAUGGAAUCUACUGUUCAGCACUCGAUGAUAUGUUCCCUCGCUUGGCUUUUGGCCUUGAGCACUCUUUUGGCAUUACCUGAGCUUUCAUGUGGUAGCACGACAAGGCGCUACAAGUUUGAUAUACGGCUGCAGAACGUGACGCGGCUCUGCCGCACGAGGAGCAUCGUGACCGUCAACGGCAAGUUUCCCGGCCCUAAGAUCAUGGCAAGGGAGGGCGAUCGCGUCGUCGUCAAGGUGGUUAACCAUGUCACCAACAAUGUCACCAUUCACUGGCAUGGAGUUCGGCAGCUGCGGACUGGGUGGUACGACGGUCCGGCAUACGUGACACAGUGCCCCAUCCGGACUGGCCAAAGCUUCGUCUACAACUUCACCAUCGUGGGCCAAAGAGGCACUCUCUUUUGGCAUGCACACAUCUCGUGGAUGAGGGCCACGCUCUACGGGCCCAUCGUCAUCCUCCCCAAGCGAGGUGUUCCUUACCCUUUUCCUAAACCCUACAAGGAAAUCCCUGUCAUCUUUGGAGAGUGGUUUAAUGUGGAUCCUGAAGCCAUCAUUGCUCAAGCUCUUCGGACUGGUGCAGGUCCAAAUAUCUCUGAUGCGUACACCAUCAAUGGCCUCCCUGGCCCCUUGUACAAUUGCUCCAAGAAAGAUACGUUCGAGCUGAAGGUGAAGCCCGGGAAGACGUACCUCCUCCGCAUGAUCAACGCUGCACUCAACGACGAGCUCUUCUUCAGCAUCGCCAACCACACGCUCACCGUCGUCGACGUCGAUGCCGUCUACGUGAAGCCCUUCGAGGCCGACAUCGUCCACAUCGCGCCGGGGCAGACCACCAACGUCCUUCUCCACACCAAGCCUAGUCCUCCUGAUGCCACGUUCCUCAUGGCGGCGAGGCCUUACGCCACCGGGUCCGGCACCUUCGACAACACGACCACCGCCGGCCUCCUCGUGUACCUUCCGCCGAACGCUUCGUCUUCUUCCUCCCAUGUUAAGAACCUUGCACUCUUCAGGCCGACCCUCCCGGCUUUAAACGACACGGCCUACACCACGAACUACACCGGCAAGCUUCGCAGCCUGGCGAGCGCGCAGUUCCCCGCGAACGUUCCGAAGACCGUCGAGAGGCGGUUCUACUUCACGGUGGGGCUGGGGACCAGUCCGUGCGCCAAGAAUCAGACCUGCCAGGGGCCGAACGGCACCAAGUUCGCCGCUUCCGUCAAUAACAUCUCCUUCGCGCUCCCGACGUCGGCGGCGCUCCUCCAGGCGCACUACUUCGGGCAGACGAAGGGGGUCUACGACACCGACUUCCCGGACACCCCGCCGUUCCCGUUCAACUACACUGGGACUCCGCCCAACGACACCUUCGUGACCAACGCAACCAAGGUGGUGGUGCUUCCGUUCAACACCAGCGUGGAGCUGGUGAUGCAGGACACCAGCAUCCAAGGGGCCGAGAGCCACCCCCUGCACCUCCAUGGCUUCAACUUCUUCGUGGUGGGCACCGGAUUCGGGAACUACGACCCGUCGAAGGAUCCCAGGCGAUUCAAUCUCGCCGAUCCGAUCGAGAGGAACACCGUCGGCGUGCCGGUCGGUGGUUGGGUCGCCAUCCGCUUCCUCGCCGAUAACCCCGGAGUCUGGUUCAUGCACUGUCACCUGGAAGUGCACACGAGCUGGGGGUUGAGGAUGGCGUGGGUGGUCAACGAUGGGUGGCUCCCCAACCAGAAGCUAGUUCCUCCGCCGUCCGAUCUCCCCAGAUGUUGACCAUCGACCACACCACCGACUCCCUGUUCUCUCUGCUUCGAGCUCUGUUCUUGGCGUGCUUUAUUUGUCUGCAACAAUCUACCUUUCGAUGACCAAAGUGUUUGAGAUGAGUUCAGCAGAAUUGCACUCGUUUAUUUGUUUUGUGCUUGA